AUGGAGAGUAGUCAUUUAAGUGGCCAUGAAGCUGUUCUUCAUGAUCAGUGUGAAUCUAUUUUGCAAGUCUCUGGUGAAUUCAGUCUGUUAAGUCAAAAUUCAAAAGAAGUUUUAGUAGAAGAAGAAGAAGAUGAUUUAAUAAGUGAAGAUGAAGCUUCGAUCAGUGAAUUUGAAGAAGAAGAUGAAAUAGGCAACAAAGAGGAUUAUGUUCAAACUGAAGACAUUGCUGGUUUAGAACCAAACAAAGAAAAUGAGAAGAAAGAUGAACUAUGUACUGAAAUGGAGUUUAGUUCUGAUGAGGCUGCAUAUAUAGCUUAUAAAAAGUAUGGAGGCAGUCAUGGUUUCAACGUAAGGAAACAACGGAGGAAGAAAAUAAAAGAGAAGGUAGUAAGGCUUCUCUAUGUUUGUUCCAAACAGGGGUAUAGGAAAGAGCAUACGAAGAGCGGAAAAUAUAAGAUUGUGUCUUUUGAGCCUAACCAUAACCAUGAUUUAGUGAGGACACCCAUGAAGCAUUUGUUGAAGGGCAACCGGGAAAUUUCAGUCUCUCAAAAACAACAUGCUAGUGAUGCCGACAUGUCAGGAAUUUCAGCAAAGGCAACCGUUGAAAUGAUGAGUAGAGAAGUUGGGGGCCGAGCAAAUUUGGGGUUUCUAGAAAAAGACUAUCGGAAUUAUAUAUACCGGAAGCGAAUGGCAAAAAUGGAGAAGGGAGAUGCUGGAGCAGUUUUGGAAUACUUUCAAAAAAAGAAAGAGGAUAAUUCAUCUUUCUUUUAUUCAAUGCAACUUGAUGAGGAUGAUAUGAUCACUAAUAUCUUUUGGGCGGAUGAUCGGUCUAUAAGUGAUUUUAAUCGUUUUGGAGAUGUCGUUUGCUUUGACACAACUUAUAAGACCAAUGAAUAUGAUAGGCCCUUUGCGCCAUUUGUCGGGGUUAAUCACCACAAGCAAACUAUAGUGUUUGGUGCUGCUCUCUUGUAUGAUGAAACUACUGAGUCAUAUAAGUGGCUUUUCGAGACAUUUCUUGGAGCAAUGUCUGGAAAACAGCCAAAAACAAUUCUUACAGACCAAUGUGCAGCAAUGGCGAAUGCAAUAAUGAAGGUAUUUCCUGAAACUAAACAAAGGUUAUGUGUUUGGCAUAUUUACCAAAAUGCCGCAAAGAAGCUGAGUCAUAUAUUUCAUGGAGUUGAACAAUUUGCUAUGGACUUAAGUAAAUGUGUAUAUGACCAUGAGGAAGAAGAAGACUGGUUAUUCGCAUGGAGCGAUAUGCUCAAGAAGCAUAAUCUUACAGAGAAUAAAUGGUUGAAGAAUUUGUUUGAGCUGAGAGAAAAAUGGGCAAUGGUAUAUGGACGUCACACUUUUACAGCAGAUAUGCGUAGUUAUGACUUGUUGUGUUUCUUUGAACACUAUGAGAGAGUGUUAGAAGAUCGACGAUAUAAAGAAUUAAUUGCUGACUUCAAUAUGAUGCAUACCUCGCCGGUAUUAUCUGCUACUGUAGAGAUGUUGCAACAUGCAGAGGAAGUGUAUACACCAGAAGUUUUUAGCUUGUUUCAGAAGCAAUACACAGUUAUCGGUGAUUACGUUGCUAAAAAGGACUCAUCUCUUACUCUCCAUACUCAGUCCUCUGUUGCCACCACUAGCUCGACCGUAUAUGACGAGUCGUGUCUCUCACAAGUGUUCCAGGAAGGUGGGCCUGCGUAA